GCGUCGACUACAAAAGCACCCAACGCCCCCAAGCAGGGAAGCGUCGGAAACCCAAAUCCACACCUCGCUGCAGACCAACUGAUCAAUCAAUUGCGCCACCGUCCAUGAGCUUCCUCUCCGGCCGCAUCGCCGCCGCCAAGGAAGGCGCGUUCUUCCUCCAUGAGUCGCAGGCCGCCGUCGGCCGCCUCGCGGAGAAGCUCCCCAAGUCCGCUACAGCGCCCGGUGAGGCGUCGGCGCCGCCCUCCCCCGACGUGCUCCCGGAGAUCCUCCGCCACUCCGUGCCCAUCAAGGGGACGCCGCCCCCGGCCGAACCCUCCCUCUCCGCGUCCUCCCGUUGGGCGCUCCCACCGAGCAGCACCGAGGCCGCGGGCGUCCACCCUGACGCGCUCAACCCGCUCCGUUCCUACGUCUCGCUGCCGCAGGCCACCUUCGGCCCCAAAAGAUGGCAGCUUCCAAAUGAGCAACCUAACUACUUGGCGUCAACAGCCAAUGAGAGGCGUCGGGAUAGGAGCCCACCUCCCAUGGACCCUGAGAAGUUGAAGGCCGUAAUUGCUGGAUACUCACAGAUUGGGAAAGCAUUUCUUGCUGCAACUAUUUUGGUGCUCGGUGGAGCAACAGCUGCACUAUUCUACACAGCAGAUAAGCUACAGUUGCAUUCCGUAGACGACGUUAAAACUAAAGGAAAGGAUGCAUUGCAGCCUCGAGCUGAUAUGAUUAAGGAACGAAUAGCUCCAUUAAGAAGCUGGGCUGAAGAAAUGUCCCGGAAAUGGCAUUUUGAAGGUGAUAAAGAAGCUAAGGAGAAGUCCAUCAUCAUUAGAGAGCUUUCAAGAUCACUGGGCUCUAGGACUCCCCCUAGUUGAUUAACGCUGACAGACAGUUAUUGUAAGUUCAUCAUUACCAAGUCAUUCACUUGUUGUAUGCCUCGCUAUAGUUUCCAUAUGUUUGUGUAUAGGGGUAUAUAUUAGUAUAUAUUGAACAAAAAACGUGGCCAAUCUGAUCUGAGGCCUACAGCUAUACCUAUAUGUUGUUACAUGUGGAGCCUUGUUGAGCGACAAUAUUGAUAUUCUGAUAUGGUUAGUAGAAACUGUACAAUAUGGGUGAUCUCUAAACGUCA